AUGACAGCUAAACGACGUCCUCUCGCUCUGUGUUGGCUUAUGGGCCGUCAAGGUCGCCAACGAAAAUGGCAACGCGCUGAAACCCUCGGUGCCCUCAUCAACGGCGUCUUCCUCGUCGCCCUGUGUCUCUCCAUCUUCCUCGAGGCCAUCAAUCGCUUCGUCGAGCCCCAGACCGUCGAGCACCCAAAGCUCAUCUGCAUCGUCGGCGCCCUCGGCCUGCUCUCAAACAUCCUCGGCCUCCUCCUCUUCCACGACCACUCGCACGGCGGACACGGCCACGGUCAUGGCGCCGACGAGGCCAUCGAGUCCGCCGAGCUGGGCUACUCCCGCGAGAUUGCCCAGCCGCCCUCCUCCGCCGCCCUCACGCCCACCACCCUGACCAACAGCGUUGUCAUCCCCAGCUCGCCCAGCGCCCGCCAGCACUCACGCCACCACCCUUCCAUCAGCCGGGUCAGCCGCGAGAGCAGGCGAUACAGCGGGUUCAGAGACGCAGAGGACAUCAGCGGCCACCCGGCGAGCCUGCGCCAGGACAUCAUCCAGGCCAGCCGCUUCGAGGACGAGCCCUCGCCAGACUCAGAGUCCGACAGGGAAGAAGACGUCCGCCAGUCCGAGGAGUCCCGGCUGCUACCCAACGCCCCAAAAGUCACCACCACGCCCUACGCUGCCACUUCUGUCCAGCCCCGUCCAGACAUCCACGACCAGCACAACCACGCAAGGGCCAAGGACACCGCCGACGCCGACCACGAGCACGCCCAUGGCCAGGCCCAGCAGGGACACGGCGGCCACGGCGGCCACGGCCACGGCCACGACCUGAACAUGCGCGGCGUCUUCCUUCAUGUCCUGGGCGACGCCCUCGGCAACAUCGGCGUCAUCGUCUCGGCCCUCUUCAUCUGGCUGACAGACUACACCUGGCGCUACUAUGCAGACCCGGCCAUCUCCCUGCUCAUCACCGUCAUCAUCCUCUUCUCCGCCAUCCCGCUCUGCAAGGCCGCCUCCAGGAUCCUCCUCCAGGCCGUGCCCGCCGGCCUCAGCAUCGACCACAUCAUCGAGGACAUCGAGCAGCUUCCGGGCAUCAUCAGCUGCCACCACUUCCACGUCUGGCAGCUCAGCGACACCAAGCUCGUCGCCUCGCUCCACAUCCAGGUCAGCUUCGACAUCAAGGGCGAAGGCUCCGACAGGUACAUGACCCUUGCGAGACACGUCCGGAAAUGCCUCCACGCGUACGGAAUCCACUCGUCCACCGUUCAGCCAGAGUUCUACCCGGGGAGCGAGGAGAACUCCCUGCGCCCAGGCAGCUCCCAGCUCACCUCCGUCGCCAGCGAGUCCUGUCUGCUCGAAUGUGGUGAAGACUGUGCCCCGGGCCGCCAGUGCUGCCCAUCCGUGUAA